AGCAAAUAAUAUCUGUCAAUUUGUCAUUAGCACUAUUGAUAUUGAUAAAUAAAAACAAACAUACAAAACAAAUGUUUUAGAAGUUUUUACGAUCAUUCCUAAGUGAAUAUGGAAAAUGAAGAAGAUUUAGCCAGUACUUUAUCACACGAUGAGUUACUGGAAAUCACGCAAUCGUCUCUAGCUACGUUACUGAGUAAAGACUCGUUCUUGAAAGAUCUUCCUAAUGAUAUUAUUAUUGAAGAAAUUUUGUCGCAGAUUGCUGUAGAACAUGGUCAAUCAAUCACGAUUUUUAUAUCAAGGGAGAGUGAGCCAACAUUAAAAGUUAUUAUCCGCCAAGAUGCAAAAGUGAGAGACUUGAAGAAAGCAAUUCAGAGGCAUUUUGAACUGUAUCAGAAGAGAGCUGGUAUCAAAACCAAGAUUUCAUGGAAAUAUAUUUGGAAGACUUACAACUUGAACUUUGAUAGCAUAGCUUUAGAUGACAAUAAUGCCAACAUACAAGAUUAUGGUGUCACCAAUAAAGUAACAUUAAUGUUUAAGAAAAGAAAAAAAGAAAAAAAGUUAAUUGUAUAAGCAUUUAAUUUAUUCCAACCUCAUUUUCAACGAGAGCUUUUAGUCGCAAGUCACAUAGUUAUAUAUUCUUAAUUAAUAUACAUACAGACAUAAUAAGUAAACAAUAUAUUGUUAAUUUGUUUCAAAUAACAAAGAUAAAGUGUUGUGUAGCUGUAUUGUAUUUUUAUUAUUCUGAAUCUUUAAAUUUUGGCCUUUUGGAAAAUAUUAAUAAUCUAAUCUAAUGGAAGUCAGAUACUUAAACAUAAUGUUCUUUUAAUCUAAAAGACUGCUGCAGUCCACAAUCUCAAUAUUUAUACAGAAUUCAUGGAUGUACAUAAUGUAAAUAAGACAAUAAAAUUAUGUUUUAAACUAAAAGUAUUUAUUUCUUAAUUUUCACUUACAAAAAAACAA